CUCUCUUUUCCACCUCCUCCACACAUAAACACGCACGCAUAUUCCUUUCUUUUCUUCCAUUGAUGCUUCCUAUCAAGACUACUGUCGCUGCUGCACGCUUGCAAAGCUCUCUUCGCACUCAAGGAGUCCGAUCCUUACAGCAACUGCUUCCGAAGAGUUCUUUCACCACAACUCAAAUCAUUUGUGCCACAAAAAAUGCUCGCCUUGCUACUUCUUUCUCUGCUUCCUUCUUGACAUCCUCGAGGACAGCGUAUGCCUCGUCCAUAUCAGGAAGUAAAUUACCCCUUACUGCUGACAAAUACCCUUAUCUCAAGCGAAAUCAGUCCUACAAGAAGCUUGCGGAUAAGGAUAUUGAUUAUUUCAAAUCUAUUCUCGCUCCUUCAGCAAUUUCCCAGGACGAGGAAGAUCUGGAAGCUUUCAAUAUUGACUGGAUGCAAAAAUAUCGUGGUCAGUCCAAAUUGGUGUUGAAGCCAUCUUCUACUGAUCAGGUUUCCAAAAUCCUUAAAUACUGCAAUGAUAACAAAUUGGCAGUGGUCCCUCAAGGCGGGAAUACUGGUCUGGUAGGCGGUGGAGUGCCUGUGUUUGAUGAAAUCAUUAUUUCUACUGCUAACAUGAACUCAAUCAGAAGUUUUGAUACUGUCUCAGGCGCAUUAGUAUGUGACGCAGGGUGCAUUUUGGAGGUAUUAGACAACUAUUUGGCAGAAAAAGGAUAUAUUAUGCCACUGGAUUUAGGCGCUAAGGGGAGUUGCCAUAUCGGAGGCAAUGUCGCCACGAACGCUGGCGGAUUGAGGCUUUUGCGUUAUGGGUCCCUUCACGGUACAGUCCUCGGACUCGAAGCCGUCUUGCCCGAUGGCACCAUUCUGGACAACCUCUCAACACUCCGUAAGGACAACACGGGUUAUGACUUGAAGCAACUGUUCAUUGGCUCUGAAGGAACUCUAGGCAUCAUCACUGGAGUCUCAAUCAUGGUGCCCAAACGCUCCAAGGCUGUGAAUGUGGCACUUUUGGGCGUCAGUAGCUUUGAACAAGUUCAGGCUGCAUACAAGAGAUCUAAAGAUGAAUUAUCUGAAAUUUUAUCCGCUUUUGAAUUUUUUGAUGGAGCCUCGAUUGAUCUGGUCAAGAAGCAUCUGGUCGCUGGCAAGAACGACCCUCUGGAGUCACAGCAUCCUUUCUAUGUUCUUAUCGAGACUAGUGGAAGCAACAAAGAUCAUGAUGAUGAGAAGCUGAACAGCUUCCUCGAAGGACUAUUGACAGAUGACAUUGUUCAAGAUGGCGUCAUGGCACAGGACACAACCCAGUUUAAGAAUUUAUGGGCUAUUCGUGAAGGUAUCCCAGAGGCAUGUUCCAAGACCGGAUCAGUGUAUAAAUAUGAUCUCUCAAUUCCUGUACCAGUAUUUUAUCAGAUGGUUGAGGAUAUGCGUGCUCGACUUGAUCAGGAGGGCGUAUUGGGCGAAGAUAAGGAUGUUCGCUGUGUCGUCGGCUUUGGACACAUUGGUGAUGGAAACUUGCAUCUCAAUAUUGCUGCAAAAAACUAUUCAGAAAAGGUGACCAAUAUCAUUGAGCCGUAUGUGUAUGAAUGGACGGCAAAGUACGCAGGGUCAAUUUCAUCCGAGCAUGGUCUCGGCCUUUUCAAAUCGCCUCAUCUUCAUUACUCCAAAUCGUCAUCUAUGAUUCAGUUGAUGCGACGAGUCAAGGAUAUGAUAGAUCCCAAUGGAAUCAUGAACCCAUACAAAUACCUACCCGAGAAGUAGUAACCUAUACUAUAUAGACUAGACAUGUACAGAAACGCAUUAUGAU